CUCUUUGCUUACCAUGCUUGCAUGAUUUAGCUCCAUUGCCCUAGGAAAACAGCGAGAGCCAAAUCGUGAGUGCUCGGCUCCCGUUAACCAUGCGGCUUGUCCAGACUGCAUGCUUAAAGUGAAGGUUACAAAAGCCGCAUCAAGAAAACCAAGAGUGAUCUUAUAAUUGCUACUUGUUUAUCAUCCAUGGGAAUUCUGGCCAAUUUGCUUUUAGGCGCGGCCUCAUCCAUGGGUGCUAGUGCUUGCUUGGGUUAUAGUUUUGUGGGCUUUAAUGGAUCUGGGCCUAUGUCAUACAGAACCGCCAUGGCCUUAGUCUCAAACAAGGGCGGCGCCUUUCUUGCAAUGGCUGCUCUUGGGUUGAGAGAAAAGCUUUCAAAGCUAAUACCACAAUCGAUCCGGCUUGCUUGUGCAGGAGGCCUGGGGCUUUGCAUUUCUUUUGUUGGGUUAGAGGUCCACCAGAGUGUGGGCCUCAUUGGGCCAGAUCCAUCCACUUUGGUGACAGUCACAUCCUGCUCGACAACAAUCCGGUGACUGGAGAAUGCAUAGCCCAACUUUCUGGCUAGGGCCAUUUGGGUUUCUAAUUACAUAUUAUGGGUUAAAGCAGGAAGUGAAU